AUGGACCUGCUGCUGCUCCAGGGGCUGCUGCUCCUGCCCCUGGCAGCGCUGCUGCUCUACAGGUGCAGCCCCAUCCAGUUCCUCUGCAAGGUGGCCUUCUUCAACUGCUGGAUCGUGGCCUUGGCCACCCUGCUGUCCCCCCUGGCUGCCUUCCGGGGACGCUCCGUGGAGAACAUGAGGCUCCUGCGGGCGGCGCUCCUGCCCCUCAAGCGCUUCUACGGCAUCAGGAUGCGGGUGAGGGGCUCGGAGCGGCUGCGGCUGCCGGGCCCCUUCGUGAUCGUCUGCAACCACCAGGCUUCCCUGGACCUCAUGGGAAUGGUGGAGGUGAUUCCCGAGCGCUGCGUGCCCAUCGCCAAGCGGGAGCUGCUCUACCUGGGCACGGUGGGCUGGGCCUGCUGGCUCAGUGGCAUCAUCUUCAUCGAGCGCCAGCGCAGGGACGCGGCCAUCGAGGUCAUCACCCGCACUGCCAGCACCAUGAGGAGAGAGAACCUCCGUGUGUGGGUUUUCCCUGAAGGCACCAGGAACCCGGGCAGGUCCAUGCUGCCCUUCAAGCGUGGCGCUUUCCACCUGGCCGUGCAGGCCCAGGUUCCCAUUGUCCCUAUCGUGAUCUCCCCGUACAGGGACUUCUUCAGCCCCGAGGAGAAGAGAUUCACCUCAGGGACCUGCACCAUCCAAGUCCUUCCCAGGGUGGAAACGUGUGGCCUGAGCCCAAAGGAUGUCCCCAAACUGACCGAGAGUGUCCAGCAGGCCAUGGCCGAGGCCCUGGCCGAGAUGUCCAUGAGUGAUCACGGGGAGCAGGACAUGGAGCAGCCUCUGCUGGGGCCAGGGGAGGACGGGGACAGCCCCCAGGGCCAGGGGAACACAGCCAGGAGGAGCAAAUAGGCAGAGGGAGCUCAGGGAUAUCAGGAAGGUGUCCCUUGUCCCCUGAGGAGGUGUCCUGCAGCCCUGCCACCGUCCCAGCAGGACGGUGCCCUAAGGGAGCAGAGCAGGGCAGGAUGGGGACCCAAAACAGAGCAAGGUGCCCCCAAAAACAGAGCAAGGUGCCCCCUUAAACCCCUUGUUGUGACUGCAUCCCCUGGAUGUCCCUCUGCCACACCUGGAGCUGUGGCUGUCCCCAAGGAUGGCUCAGCAGGGCUGGGGGCUCACAGCCCCAUUUUCCACCCCUGAUUGUUGGGCUACCCCAUGGAUUCUCCUUCCAGAGGCUCCUACAAGCUGGAAAUGCCGUUUGGGUUCAGCCAGCUCUGAGUGU